AGUGCCUUGUCACGCGGGGUUAGUAAAAGUUGGGAUCGGAGCUCCACAGGGCGAGAGAGAGAGACACAAGUCAGGCCGGCGCAGAGGCAGCGAAACCGGGCUAAACAUUACCCGAUCAUUGGCUGCGAUUACGACAAACGGGAGACAACUCUUCUUUUUGUUUAUAUUGAGAAAGCGUGGCAUAGACUUUCUCCUAAGUUAACCCCCCCUCCCUUUUUUUUUUUUUUUUUUUGCCAAAGACUAUUUUGGAUUUGCAGAAAUAACGAAGGACACUUUGGUUGCGUGGUUCGAUCAAGCACCAAAUGAAGCAAAGUUGAAGUUGGGCUUCGGCGUCGUGCCACUCGGUAAAUGUUGCGACGUUUUCGGAGAGCGUAAACCCUGCUUCGACUGUCGAUCGGCGGCGUGGGGGGGUUUCCGAGACUACUGAGCCGAGCUGUCAAACCCGAUGACGGCGGCAAACUGCCCCGGUAAUGAGGAGCUGGACUUCCGACUCAUCUUCGGGGAGGACGGACUGCAGCAGCAGUUGGGCCCCGCAGAUCUGGAGCCAGAUGACAACACGUCGUUCUACAUUCUAAACAUGGGGCAACCCCCAUCAGUGGUCACGAACCACCAGUCAAUCAGCCUCCCCCGUCAUGGCAUGCAGUCGCACUCCCCGCUCAUCAGCACUUCACCUCGCCUUCAGUCACAUAAACACGGACCCGUGCACCUGACUUAUGAGGCCCAAGACUCAAAGUAUGGCUCCUCCCCCUUGCUCCAUUCUGCCCCGGUGGAGGCACCAAAAGCCUUUGAAUGCCCCAGUAUUCAGAUUACCUCCAUCUCCCCGAGCUGCCAGCAGGAGAUGGAUGCCAAUGAACAAGACCUGAGGGCCAAUGGUCCUGAUAGGGAGUACCACAGUGAGAGGCCUCUGUCCAGAGACCACCUGUAUUUGCCUCUCGACCAUUCGUACCGGGACUCUUCUCUCAGCCCGAGCCCAGGCAGUAGCCUCUCAUCUCGGAGCUGGUUUUCCGACGCCUCCUCCUGCGAAUCAUUUUCCCACGUAUAUGACGAUGUUGAUGCUGAGCUCAAUGAAGCCGCCGCUCGCUUCACCCUGGGCUCGCCGCUCACGUCCCCGGGCUGCGCCUCCCCUCAAACGGGAGUCGGCAAUCUGGAGGAGCAGCCGCAGUGGCAGCACCCUCACCCCUCCUUCGUCCAACACUCCGUCACGCUGUCACCUCGACAGUCCCCCUGCCACUCACCACGCACCAGUGUCACUGACGAGAACUGGCUUAGCCCACGGCCACCUUCUCGGCCCUCCUCGCGUCCCACCUCACCCUGCGGGAAGAGGCGCCACUCCAGUGCGGACAUCUGCUAUCCUGGCUCCGUGUCGCCACAUCACUCUCCCUCACCCACGCCAGGACCUUCACCUCGGGGGAGUGUGACAGAGGACACCUGGGCCGGCAGUCCCUCUAUCGGAAUGUCACCCUUUCAGUGCUGCCCGUCCGAGGCGGACAUCCCAUCUAAGACACGGAAGACCUCGCAAGAUACCACAGCCAUGCAGCCUCCAGCAAAAGGAGAUUUGGGCAUAGAUGACAAAGGAAAUAUGCCUCAGAUUCUAGACUCUCCCUCAGAAGAGGCGCUCCACAGUCUCAAGAAGGAUGUGCACGGGGAACAGUUCCUCUCCGUGCCCUCCCAUUUUUCAUGGAAUAAACCCAAGCCUGGACACACACCUAUAUUCAGGACCUCCUCACUUCCUCCCCUAGACUGGCCGCUGCCAAGUCAGUUCGGCCAAUAUGAACUGAAAAUCGAGGUGCAACCCAAAGCACACCACCGAGCCCACUACGAGACCGAGGGCAGCAGAGGAGCUGUCAAAGCGGCGUCAAGUGGCCAUCCCAUUGUCAAGCUGGUUGGCUACAACGAGAAGCCUGUCAACCUGCAGAUGUUCAUCGGAACAGCGGAUGACCGUUACCUGAGGCCGCACGCGUUUUACCAAGUGCACCGCAUCACUGGGAAAACGGUGGCCACAGCCAGCCAGGAGAUUGUGAUCACCAGCACGAAAGUUCUUGAAAUUCCUCUGCUGCCUGAAAACAACAUGUCCGCCAGUAUCGACUGCGCGGGCAUCCUUAAGCUACGGAACUCAGACAUUGAGCUGCGGAAGGGGGAAACGGACAUAGGAAGAAAGAACACAAGGGUACGCGUGGUGUUCCGGGUUCACAUCCCUCAGCCGAACGGGAAGGUUCUGUCGCUGCAGGCUUCCUCCAUUCCUGUAGAAUGCUCCCAGCGUUCGGCUCAAGAGCUGCCCCAGGUUGACAAAUCCAGUCUGACCAGUUGUCUGGUCAGUGGGGGAGAGGAGAUGGCCAUCACUGGGAGCAACUUUUUUCCAGAGUCCAAAGUCAUCUUUUUAGAGAAAGGCCCUGAUGGGCGGCCACAGUGGGAAGUGGAAGCCAAAAUCAUUCGGGAGCAAACUCAAGGCUCGUGUAUUGUCGUGGAAAUCCCUCCCUACCACAGUAAGACGGUGAGCUCGGCUGUGCAAGUGCAGUUUUAUGUCUGCAAUGGAAAACGAAAAAGGAGCCAAUCCCAACGCUUCACCUACCUUUCAGUGAUGGUGAAGCAGGAGCACCGGGAUGAGCUGGACCAUCCGGCUGUACCUGCCAUGUCCAUGCCCCUGACACACACUGCCAGCCUGGUGCGCCCUCAGCUGCCUUCCCCCGAUCAGGGCCACCCAUCGGAUAACCUUCUGUCCACCUCCCCGCACGGCCUGGCCUCGAGCUCGGGACCCGUCCUGCUGCCCCUGCAGUCUCCCUGCCCCACACUGGGCUCCCCGUCCUUCCAGCACCUGCCUCACCUCCAGGGUCGCGGUUUGCACCACGCCCCCGCCGACUGCCACAUGCCGUUCCAUCCGAGCUCCUCUCCUGUUCCCCUUCCUGCCUCCUCCUCGCCCUCUCGGGCCGCUUACCAGCCCAUGCAGCGCAACCAGAGUCACGCUCAUAACCUGUCCUUCAACGGUCAAUCCAGCUUUUCUCCUCAGAGCUACGACAGGAUGCCUUUCCAGCAGAGUCCCGGUGCGGUGUCACACCCGUUGGGCAUGGGGAUGGUGUAUUCCUCCUCCCCCUGCUCGUCCCCGUCGACGCCCGUGUCGUCGGGCCCCAUCGCCGGUUCCCCGCAGAGCCACCAACCACUCCUGGCCCCCUCAUCCCCUCACCUUCACACGCUCGGAGGCUACCACUGCUCCCCGAAUCCCACUCAGGUGUCCUCACCUACCGGCCACCCACUCGUGGGGCCCCACACUUCCCAGCUGCAGCGAGCCAUGGCUUACCACCCAGCGAGUCAACGCUCAGCCUCCUGCCCCACGCCGUCCACUGCCCCUCCUCCACAUAUGAUCCCAUCGGCCCAAUCGGGGCCUUCAUCCCCUCAGCUCCACUCACUGCCCUACCAGUCUCCCACUUCCUCUUCGCCAGGUAACAGUCCCUUGGGCCCCUUGCAGCAUCCGCACUCAGGACAACCUUCUCCUCAGGCGGCUAGCCCGGUCAUGGCCGGCUUGUCCCCGACCGCUACGGGGCCUUUAGUGCACCCGCUAAGUCCCCCCCAGGGGCCUUUCACAUCAGAAGUCGAGAGGCUGAACAUCAAAGAAGAGCCGGAGGACAGGGAGCCCACCUUCCGCACGAUAGGCCUACAAGACAUCACGCUGGAUGAUGUUAACGAGAUCAUCGGCCGAGACAUGUCACAGUCACCCAGCGGCCGUGGCGCCGUCCGAACGGCCCACGGCACACAGUCGUAGCCAACCGACCGGAUGGCAGUCCCAACACCAGGGUACUUCAACUCCCACAGUGCACCACCUGUCAGGCCUGCUCAAUAUACUGUAUACAUGCAUCAAGAGCAUGAAUGUGGGUGAUUUGAUUUUCUUUUUCACAAAAAUCACCCUUUUUGAAACGAUCAAAGCAUUUACGAUCCCUUUGAGGAGAAGAAGCAGCUCAACAUUCCGCAACUGUCAAUCACAUGUAAAGCUCUGGACAUCACUCACGCCCCCUGCUGGCAAUACCUGUUGUUGUUCUUGAUAUAUAGAUGCCAUAAAUUGGCAGUAGAUAAAACUUUUUCUAUUAGACGAAGCUCCACCCUAUACUCCUUAAACAUAGUUGCUUGGCACUUAGAUGUCAGCAGAUGGCGCCAAAGUGAUAUUUUUUACAUUAGGGAUGGCUUUGGCCUGAGCGCAAAAAAAUAUCAGAUAGGUUAAAAAGAAAAAUGGCAGAUGCCGAACCGCGAAUGAGCAAGGGUCACUGUAUUAUUUAUCACUAUUACCUGGUACUAGCAUUGAAUGGCAGCAAAGUUCCCUUUCCAACCAAAUGACCUGAAAUCUCCAUUUUAUUCACAAGCUAUAAGAUGGCUGCUCAUUUUCUCUGUGCAAUCAUUUGAAAGAAAAAAAAAAUCUCCCCAGUGUGCCUUGUUUGCAAUGAGACAAAAGUAUUUUCUAAUAAUAUAGUCCACAAAAUGUCCAAGGUCUGGAUGUGAAGAUUUUUUUAAACAAAACCAACCCCAGCAAUAUCACUUGAACUGGACCAUUUUUUUCCCUGCUGGUCUUAUGAUGAUAAUGAUGAUGAUGAUAAUGAGUCUAUGCAUUCACCUUCAGCCUAAUAAGCCUUCACAAACCCGAAAUAUGAAACCUGUAGCACAGGGGUGGGCAACCUGUGGCUCGUUGGCCAUAUAUGACCCACCGGGUCGGAGCAAAUGAUCUAAGCCCACCUCGUCGGUCUUUUGAGGAAUUCACGACAGCUAUCUGAUGACUUAAUGAGAACUGAGGAAACCCACCCCUGACAGAGACCUUGAGACAGCCAAGGCCCAUAUUGUGCGUAUGUGUGCGAGAGAGCGAGAGGAGUGUCUAGUCCUAUUUUAAAGCACACGUGUAUCUAAGGCUAUGCAAAGUACAAUAAAUAUGACAAAGGAGUUACUUUAACUUCACAGCAGCAGAAUGACAAUUUUUUUAGGACGCCUUAACUCGUUUUGUCAGUGUGUGUUGUUGGAUUUUUUUUUCCAGGGGGCGGGAUGUUUUUAUGUUGGUUGUUUUUUAAAGCAUCAAAACAAAUCAAGAAACAGUGUCAUCUUCGGCCGCAACCAAAGAGUGAACAAUACAGCGUGUUCCCACUUGACAAAAAAAAAAAAACUGUACUCAACUCUAUUUUUGAUACAAAUGGAUGUCAUGUCAUUCCUUAAAAAAA